CUUAGGCCAGCAACUUGGGAACAGCAGUUCUUGUUCAGGUGCUCUUGAAGCCGGUUUGGCCACUCCUCAGGCAUUCUCUUUGGGGACAUUAUUUUGAACGGCUAACCUAGAUACAGUCAGUGCAUAAGAAACGGACUCUUCACAAAUCACAGCAUCAUGGAGCAUAGCUUGAGGCCGGAGAUGAAGCUGAACCUGAUGAAUGGGGUUGGUGUUCUGGUGCAGCCCAACCCUAAACCACAGGCAAGAGAGCAGUGGGCCAAUAAAAUGGAGUUUCUUUUGGCUGUAGCUGGGCACAUCAUUGGCCUGGGAAAUGUGUGGAGGUUUCCUUACCUGUGCUACAAGAAUGGAGGAGGGGCAUUUUUUGUGCCAUAUGUGCUGUUUCUCUUCACCUGUGGGAUUCCACUUUUCUUUUUGGAGACAUCAUUGGGUCAGUUCACAAGUCAGGGUGGAAUCACAUGCUGGAGGAAGAUAUGUCCGCUUUUUGAAGGUCUUGGUUAUGGAAGCCAAGUUGUUGUCCUUUAUACUGGAGUUUAUUACAUCAUUAUUCUGGCUUGGGCAUUCCUCUACCUCUUCUCCUCCUUCUCAUCAGAGCUGCCAUGGGCUAGCUGCAAAAACUACUGGAACACAGAAUAUUGCAAAGAGUUAAGCAAUAGCAGCAUUACUGAAUAUUCUCCAGAGAAAACCACUUCACCAGUUAUUGAGUUUUGGGAGAGAAGAAUUUUGGGUUUGUCUGAGGGAAUAGAACAGAUUGGUAAUGUGAGAUGGGACUUGGCACUCUGCCUCCUGCUGGCCUGGAUCAUCUGCUACUUCUGUGUGUGGAAGGGAGUGAGAUCCACAGGCAAGAUAGUUUACUUCACUGCUACCUUCCCCUAUUUAAUGUUGAUAGUGCUGCUGGUUCGUGGAGUCACUCUCCCUGGAGCAAAAAAUGGCAUCGCCUUCUACCUUUACCCUGAUCCAACACGUCUCACUGACCCUCAGGUGUGGAUGGAUGCAGGUAGUCAGAUAUUUUACUCCUAUGGAGUUUGUACAGGGGUACUGACUGCUUUGGGAAGCUACAACAAAUAUGAGAACAACUGUUACAGAGACUGUAUAUACUUGUGUCUACUGAACAGCUUAACUAGCUUUGUGGCUGGUUUUGCUAUCUUCUCUGUCCUGGGCUUCAUGGCAGAGGAACAAGGGAUGGAUAUUUCAAUGGUAGCAGAGUCAGGUCCUGGUUUGGCAUUUAUUGCUUACCCUCGUGCUGUGUCCCUAAUGCCCCUUCCUCAAUUAUGGGCAAUCUUCUUCUUUAUCAUGAUCAUAUUCCUGGGACUGGAUAGUGAGUUUGUGUAUCAUGAAGCCCUGGUUACUGCUAUCUCGGACAUGUAUCCCUCCUUCUUCCAAAUUGGACAUCGUCGUAAAUUUCUUCUUCUCUUUAUUAGUGCUGCUAGCUUCUUGGUUGGUCUGCUAAUGGUAACAGAGGGCGGUCUGUAUAUCUUCCAGCUUUUUGACUAUUAUGCCUGUAGUGGAAUAACUCUCCUUACUUUUGCCAUCCUUCAGUCCAUCUGUGUAGGAUGGGUAUAUGGUGCAGAUCAUCUCUAUGAUAGCAUUGAAGAUAUGAUUGGAUAUCGGCCCUGGCCUUUAAUGAAGAUCUGCUGGAAGUAUCUAACACCAACUGUAUGUACAGGGACAUAUUUAUUCUCCUUAGCUAAAUACACCCCUCUGAAGUUCAACAAUGUGUAUGAGUACCCCUGGUGGGGUUAUGCUAUUGGUGGAUUCUUCACCCUUUCCUCCACCUUGCUCGUUCCACUGUGGAUGAUAUAUUUGGUUUGCACCACUUCAGGGUCAAUGCGACAGAGAAUAAGAGUCUUGUGUACUCCUGCUGAAGACCUGCCAGAUCCUAAACGUUCAAAACAGAAGAAAAAUAUGCUUACUUUUGAAACCUUCACGGACCUUCUGACUUUACGAACAGUUAUGAGCACACCAAACUCUUUACCUCACAGAGAUAUUGUCUGACUGUCUGCCAAUACAGCCAUCUUCUUGUCUCCUGAUCGCUACAGCAUACAGUAACACACAACCCAUUGUCACAUUUCCAUUUACGGUAACUAACAUCAUAAUCAAAAUCAUACCUCAAACUGUGAAUCAUUUUGUGAUUAAUACAUCAAACAAAAUGGUCAUCUCAUUAUGGUUAAGUACAGUACAGUAAUGUUUAUCAAUGCAAAAGUUUUUUCAAAAAAUCAUUACAUUAUAUUUACUUACAUGAGAGAAAUGUGAGUUACCGGUAAUAUGGAGAACUAAUGCUGAUAUCUGUGUGUUUUGAUGCAUGCCAUGUAAUGAGUGCACUGACAGGAAAAUGCUUGUUGUCUACUUUUUAUAAAUACUUUGAGGUACAGCCUCAUAAAUGGUCUUGAAGACCACCUGUCAUGCUUCACACUUUGCAGCUUUCCAUUAUAGAGUGUGGUGUGCUAGUCUGAUGUGUAUAAUACAUGUAUAAAAAUGUGAAAAUGCUAGUAUACACAUGUACAAAAGUUAAAAGAGAUUAAUUAUUUCACGAGUUCACUUGUACAUACACUGAUCAGCCACAACAUUAAAACUACCUGCCUAAUAUUGUGUAGGUUCCCCCUGUGCCGCCAAUACAUCGCAAACUUGCAUCUCAGAAUAGCUUUUUGAGAUGUUAUUCUUCUUACCACAAUUGUACAGAGUGGUUAUCUGAGUUACCGUAGACCACCAACAAUCAUGCCAUUGUCCAAAUCACUGAGAUCACAUUUCUUCCCUAUUCUGAUGGUUGAUGUGUACAUUAACUGAAGCUCCUGGCCCCUAACUGCCUAAUUUUAUGCACUGCUGCCACACCAUUGGCUGAUUAGAUAAUCGAAUGAAUGAUUGCCAGAUGGGCUGUAAUUUCUGUAACUGCUGAUCUCCUGGGAUUUUCACACACAUCAGUCUUUUUAGAUUUUAGAACUGGAGUGUAUUACGGUAAACAUAUUUGGCGUGCUGUCUAAAGUGGAGGGGCUCGAGCGCGAGACUUUCGGACUAAAUGGAAAUGGAAAGACAAUUUGAAAUAAUUGGUAUGGGCAUUUAUGAAAUAUAAAAAUGCUGAUGGGGAGGUAGAGCAAUGCCGCAAGUAUCGUCGCUGGAGCGAGGGAACCAGCUGCUUAUAUAUCCUUGGGAUAUGGUUGACAAACCUAGAUGAACAAUCUCCCCCCGACCUUACAUUUAGAACUUUAUAAUGUGAAAUAAUUUUAAAUAAAUAUAUUGUUUCUGUG